AACAGACUCAGUAGGAGCCAGACGAAGAUCACUGCAGCCAGCUGUCUGUCAGAAUGGCGGGGAACUUCUUUGGGAAAUGGUUAUGCAGCUGUAUUAGUGCAAAUGUGUUUAUUGCAGGAUGCGCUGUUCUCUUUGUAACAGCUUUCCCUAUUGCCCAGAUUGCAAUAGGUGUGGUGCACAUGUAUGAGUGUCCUGCAGCACCGCUUGUCCCAGUGUAUGUGAUGGUGUGUGGUGUGCUGGCCCUGCUGGUGAUGGGCCUGUUCGCUUCACCAAAGCUCUGUCCUGCAGCAGCAGGCAGCAGGAUCUGGACUCUGUCGGGCAUCAUUCUGUUCCUGUUUGUUUUCAUCUGGUUUCUGUUUGGCAGUUACCAUGUUUACUCUGUGUAUCCACCCAACUACACCAAGAUCACCAUCCACCAACACAGCUUCAACCACAGUAUCUAUACUCCCCCUGCACCUGACGACAAGCCUGGUCUCGCUUUGGAGAACCAGAACCAGAGCCUUCCAAACCUCAACCAGACCUGGAUGAUCAACAGCAACUGGACCUUCGGUGAUCUGAUUGAAGGGGUGGCCGUCAGGAACACCAGCAGUAAGACAGACAGAGAGCACCCGGACACUCCACAAGCGCGUGGCAUCACGGCCACAGCGCCUUACUGUAACAGAACUGUGUACCUGUUCGCUUUCUGGACCACCACGCUGGUCUAUGUGUUUGCAGGCCAUGCCCUGCUCAUAGGCUUCUGUAUAUCCGGUUACAUGAAACUUGGAGAUAAAAUUACACGUCUUCUAGCUGUCUAAACAAAGGUAAAUAUGAUUCCAUCUUAGCAACUUUUAACCAUCAAAUUAAAAACUUUGAAAAGGAUCAGCUGGCACCAAAGAUGAAUAAAUAUACUUAUUUGUUCAACUUUGUAACCAGAUGUUAAGACUUAAAUGUCCCACUGAGUUACAACAGUGUAAGCUUUAAACACCCUGAGAAAUAAAGAGAAAUAAAGGAUUUUAACACUUCCUCUUGGGGAACAUGUUGCCUCAGCACAUAUGCUGAUGCAAGUGAUUUCUCCAUGCAGUAAACAUACGACCAGCCUUACCUUUUCAUCACAGUUCUACGACAGUACAGCCAUUGGUCAAUGUAUACUUUGUACAAAUGUUUUACCGACUUUGGGAUGCUUUAUAAGAAAGGGAACUUAGAUUAGCAAGCUACUGGCAAGAUUAUUACUAUUAAUAAGAAAUCUGUGUACAAAGCUGCUUGUACAUACAUGUAUUAUUUUUGUUACAGAAUUAUUGGAUAUCGAAGUCAAUCAUCCUGUGUUGACUCACAGUGUGAAGGUUACUUUAAGGGUUAUGAAAAGCUAUGGAAGUGAGUACCACAUGCUGUACUGGAUCAUUUCUGUCCUUUUCAUAAUCCUGCUGAUGCAUCGUCUACUCUGAAGCUCAGUGAAUCUUUGAAUGAUAGGACAUGCAGUAACGGACUAAUCUGUAAGGACUUUAAAUAAAUUAUA